AUGGAUAAGAACUAUCAUAUUGGAAAGUCAAAGCGCAAGAGUUCAAGUGUCACAUAUUCUCAUCAUUUGCAUGUAGAAGUCUUUAAUGUUGUUAUUGAUUUGCAACUUGCGGAGCUUAAUAGUAGUUUUGAUGCAAUGAAUAGUGAUUUGCUUCUAGGUAUGGCUAGUUUGAGUCCGGAUAAUUCUUUUGCAAAUUAUGAUAAAGACAAAAUUAUGAAACUUGGUACACUUUAUCGUGAUGAGUUUAGUGUUUCCAAGCUUGAAGAUCUCAGUUACGAGCUUGACAACUAUAUUCUCUUUAUGAGAGAAGAUAGUGAAUUUUCUAACUUGAAAGGACUCCGAGAUCUUUCAGAAACAUUAGUUGAAACAAAUCUGCACAAGACUUGGAGACUUGUUUAUUUGCUUGUGAAGUUAAGCUUGAUAUUGCCUGUGGAUACUACAACGGUAGAAAGAGUUUUUUCUUCAAUGAAGUACAUCAAAAAUGACUUGCGAAGCAGAAUUGGUGAUGAAUUUAUUAAUGGUUGUUUAGUUUGUUAUAUAGAAGAUGAAGUAUUUGAAAGUGUACCAAAUAAUGCAAUCAUUGAUCGUUUUCAAAACAUGACAAGUCGUCGGGGACAAUUGUAA